AUGGUAUGUAUUAGAGUGGAAGAAGUCAAGGACUUAGCAAUCCGAGCUAGUAAUAGGAUGUAAAAUAGAAGAAGAGUACUAACAUUUAUUUGACUUCAAUUGGAACAGGUUAUGAUUUAUCAAAUUCAGUAUUUUCCCCUGAUGGUAGAAAUUUUCAAGUUGAAUAUGCAAUGAAAGCAGUUGAAAAUGGUGGUACAUCAAUUGGUAUUAAAUGUAAAGACGGUAUAGUAUUAGCUUGUGAAAAAAUUAUAAAUUCAAAGCUAUUAGUGCCUGGAAAGAAUAAAAGAAUACAAACAGUUGAUCGCCAUUUAGGUGUUGUAUAUUCUGGUUUAUUACCAGAUGGUAGACAUUUUGUUAAUAGAUGUAGAGAAGAAUCACAAAGUUUUAAAUCAAUUUUUAAAAUUCCAAUACCUGUCCCUAAUUUAUUAGAUAGAAUUGGUUUAUAUGUUCAAAAUUAUACUUGUUAUAAUUCAGUUAGACCAUUUGGUAUAGUUGGUAUAAUUGGAGGUAUUGAUGAUAAUGGUUCUCAUUUAUAUAUGGUUGAACCGUCUGGAAGUUUUUGGGGUUAUUCUGGUGCUGCAACUGGUAAAGGUAGACAAAUUGCAAAAUCAGAAUUGGAAAAAUUAAAAUUUGAUGAUUUAAAUAUAAAAGAUGCUAUUAAACAAGCUGCCAGAAUUAUUUCAUUAGCUCAUGAAGAUAAUAAAGAUAAAGAUUAUGAAUUAGAGAUUAGUUGGUGUUCAAAAGAAUUUACAAAUGGUAAACAUGAAUUUAUUCCAAUUGAAUUGUUGGAAGAAGCUAAAAAAUUUGCAGAAGAAGAUGAAGGUGAUGAAGAUGAAGAUGAAGAAGAAGGAGAAGGAGAAGGAGAAGGAGAAGGAGAAGAUACUGAAAUGAAUUAG